AUGGCAUCUUUUGUAAAGGGCGAGAGAGUGGAGGUCUGGAGCAACUCCCAGAAGGCCUGGGUCACCGACGGCGUGGUUUUAGAGGCGCCGGAGGUGGACUGCGUCAUCGAUGGCUAUGCGAUACCUGCAGGUGCUGUGAAGGUCACCUCGUCUGCGGGGACGAAGUGGAUCCUGCCGGAUCAGGUCUUCGAUGUCCUGCGCAAGGCGCAGGGGGAGCACUUGGCCCCGGCCCCGGCGCCCGCGCCCAAACCGGCGCCGGCCUCCAAACCGGCGCCCGUCAGGGCAGGCAUGUGCAAGAACGCCUGUGGCAGACCUGUGCAGCCGGGGCUCACCAGGGGCAUGAAGGCUUUCGACACCUGCUGCAAGAAGUGUGCACAGGGAAAAGGAGGACAUGAUGCCAACUGCGGGGGCUCCUCGGGCUCGCUGCUGAGACGGGACACGGGACUGGAGGACCCCAGGGUCUGGUUGCAGGAAAUCCUGGGCUCCGAGGAAGCCCUCGCGAAGUAUGCCGGCAAAGUCAUGGCCGGCGUGGGCGCCGCGGGGUCCAUGACUGCGGAGCAGGCCAAGGAGGCCGGCAGAUGGAUCGAUCGACCUGUCGGCUUGGCGAGUGGGAUCGAUCGCGACUGUGACAUUGUGGUGAAGAACCGACCAGACCUCAACUUUGAUGGCCUCAAACCGGCACCAGAUCGCGUGUGGUUGGGGAACAUGACCUUCGAGAUCGCCAGCGAGGAAUGGACCGUGGACAAGUUUCUGAACUACGGGGCUGAGGGUCAGACCUACCUGGUCACGAGGAGCGGGACGGGUGAGAGGUUCGCCGCGAAGUUCUGCAGCAAGGAAGACUCCAUGGAGGUGAAGCUGGUGCAAGAUCUUCCGAGGCAACUUGUGAAACAUGAGAACUUCAUCAAGUAUGAGUUGAUCGUGCUGAAUGUGCACGGCAUCUUCGCGCCGGCGCACCACAUCAUCUUCAUGGAGCACAUCCCCAACGGGGAGCUCUUCGACGUCCUGGCCUCGCAGGAGCCCUCGGUUGCGGGGAAGCCGCUGAACGAGGGCACCAGCCGGAGGUUCCUGAAGGACAUCAUCAGCGGAAUGGCGGAGUGCUACAGAUACGGGGUGACCCAUCGGGAUCUGAAGCCCGAGAACCUGCUCAUCAACGAGAACGGGAAGAUCGUGAUCAUCGACAUGGGCCACGCCAAGCGCGUGGUGGAGCCCCCCGGCGCGCCGCCGAACCCGCUGGCCCUGUCGCGCACCACCACCAGCAACCCCUACGGCACCCCCGCCUUCAACGCCCCGGAGGUGUCCGCCGGGAAGUCCUACGACUGCGAGUGGUCGGACGUGUGGAGCGUGGGGGUCAUCGCCUUCUACCUCCACGGCAAGCUGCCGGCCUUCCAGGCCGGCGGCGGGGUGGCGGACUGGAAGGACGUGAGCGGGCCCGCCAACGACAAGCUCUGGCGCAAGAUCGUGAGCUCCAACUAUUACCCGCCGUUUCCGGUGGAGCUGCAAGGAUUUAUCAACGCCCUGUGGCGCCUGGACCCGGCUGAGAGGCCACGUUUCAGCCAGCUGGAGAGAGCGAUGAACGGAGAUGAGGAAGUGGUCUCCGAGUUUCCUGGCCUUCAGUGGCUGACCUUUCCGGUCAAUGACGUGGAAAGCUUCAUCGACGAGCUUUCCCGGUAUCUGCUUCAGCCGAUCGGCGUCCCCCUGCAGGUGGACGAUCAAACUCCUGCAGACUGGGUGAGCAAGUAUGGUACCGGAGGUGCCAUGGACACUGCUGCCUUCACCAAGUUGGUGCACGUCCUGCUUGAGGACCGGCUCCAGACGUGGUUCCCGCAGAAGUUGUGCGCAAAGACGCACAACUUUGUGCAGAAGAACCCGGGGAAGCUCGAGGCAGUGUACGACAUCGGGAAGCUCCUAGGCGAGGGCAGCUUCGGCAAAGUCUACAAUGUUCAGCACCGAAUAGCGGGCGAAUCGAGGGUGUGCAAGAAGAUCGCAAAGCUGAAGGGGAGAGAUGGCAUGAAAGUGGAAGAAAUCCUGCAGGAGAUUGAGAGCAUGGCUACGCUGGACCAUCCCAAUGUGAUCAAGGUCUACGAGUACUUUGAGGAUCGAGACAGCGUCUCCCAGAUCAUGGAGCCCUGCUAUGGGGGCGAGCUCCAGGACAGGAUCAACGAUGUCUUCCAGAAAGGCCAGCCUCGCUACGACGAGACUUUUGUUUGUGACGUGAUGAAGCAGACGCUGCGGGCUCUGGCAUUCAUGCACAGUCACAAGUUCAUGCACAAGGAUCUUAAGCCUCAAAACAUCAUGCUGGUGAGCAAAGACUCAUCGUCAAUCAAAGUUAUUGACUUUGGCCUGGCGGAGCUUUUUACGCCGGAUCAGAAGCACUCGGAUGCCUUCGGCGGAACCUUGCUGUACAUGGCUCCAGAGGUUUUUAAGCUCAAGCUGGUGUUCAAGUCUGACAUUUGGAGCGCUGGAGUUAUUCUGUACAAUCUACUCACAGGAGACUAUCCCUUCAUGGCGGCUUGGCCCCUGCCCAAAGGGAAGACGAUGGAAUGGUGGCAAAGCGAACUGGCCAGAUCUGUGCAGGAGGAUCAUUUCCGCGACAACAAGUUGCUUCACGGAGCUUGGUCUGCCGAAAGUGGAGAUUUGUUGAAACACAUGCUGGAGAAGGAUGUCAACAAGCGGCCAGAUGCUGCCGGCUGCCUGGAGCACGGGUGGUUCAAAAAGCACGAGGCCACGCCUCCUGCACUGUCCGUGGGCGUGACGCAAUGCCUUGAAGCAUAUGCCGGUCAGCCCGAGUUGAAGAAGGCCAUUUUUCUGCUCAUUGCGCACAUGUGCACGGCGCCGGCCCUCGGAGAGUUACGGGCGAUCUUCACCCACUUCGAUGUGGUCAACAGGGGAGCUCUGUCGCUCUCGCACUUCAGGGAGGUGCUGUUCAAGUCUGGGAUGUCAGCAUUGCAGGUGGAGCGCAUCGCCCAUGCUCUCGAUCAGGAUGUCAGCGGCACCGUGACGUGGACGGAGUUCAUCGCUGCAGCGCUGUGCGUCAGCGUGUGCGGGAACAGGCGCCUAGUGGAGGCCGCCUUUGCAGUCUUCGACACCGACAACGACGGCAAGGUGGGACUCGAGGACUUUUCGAGGUACUUUGCGCUGGGGGACGUGAAAGAGGUUUGGCUGCGGCAACUUCCACGGGAGCUGCAGAUCAUGGGCGACAAAGGUGCAGAUGGGAAGUACACCAAGGAGCAGUUUGUGCAUUACAUGGGCAAGCGCAUGGUGGUCACCUCCGGCGACGUUCUGACAGCAGUGAGCUAA